AUGAUCUCCCUGAUCAAAGACCACCGAGACGUCUUCGCGUGGUCCGCGAAUGAAGUGGUCGGAGUGCCACCCGAGCUCAUGACUCACCAACUCAACGUUGACCCACAGGCCCGACUUGUGCGGCAGAAGCGAAGGCACUUCGGCCCCGAACGUGGCAAGGCCAUAUCGGAUGAGGUCGACAAGCUCCUGCCGGCCAAGAUGAUCCACGAGGUCCAAUAUCCCACCUGGCUGUCCAAUCCAGUCAUGGUCAAAAAGGACACCGGUGGAUGGAGAAUGUGUGUAGACUUCACCGACCUCAAUAAGGCCUGCCCCAAAGAUUGCUAUCCUCUGCCGAGGAUAGACGCCCUCGUCGACGCGGCGAUGGGGUAUGAAGUCCUCUGCUUCCUAGAUGCCUUCAAAGGGUAUCAUCAAAUAGGAAUGGGUGAGGAGGACCAAGAGAAAACGGCGUUCUACACCGACCGAGGUACCUAUUGUUAUACUACCAUGCCCUUUGGGCUAAAGAACGCCGGGGCGACCUACCAAAGGCUGAUCAACCGACUCUUCCAGAAUCAGAUCGGCCGCAAUGUGGAGGCCUAUGUGGACGACAUCCUCGUCAAAAGUCUCGCCACUUCAUCCUUUCUGUCAGACGUGAGGGAAGUCUUUGGUGUCCUGCGAGACUCGAGGAUGAAGCUGAAUCCCAAGAAGUGCGUUUUCGGCGUCACCUCGGGAAAAUUCUUGGGGUAUCUGGCUUCCCACCGGGGAAUCGAGGCCAACCCCGACAAGGUGAAGGCCAUUCAGGACAUGUCCCCACCUCGGAACAUCCGAGAAGUCCAACGGCUAAAUGGACGCCUGGCCGCGCUGAAUCGCUUCCUGUCCCGAUCAGCUGAGAAAGCUCUGCCCUUCUUUAAGGUGCUCAAGAAGGCUGAUCAGUUUGCCUGGCCGGAAGAGUGCCAAGCUGCUUUCGACAAACUGAAGCAAUACCUCCAUCACCUACCCACUCUCGCUUCACCUCGGCCCGAGGAGAAGCUCUACCUCUACCUCUCCGCAGCCGACGAGGCUGUCAGCGCUGUUCUGAUCCGGGAUGAGGGCACCCAAGUGCCAGUCUACUAUGUCAGCCGAGCUCUCUGCGGACCGGAGACUCGAUACACUCAGGUGGAAAAACUGGUGCUGGGCCUAGUCCACGCCGCUCGGCGACUGAAACCCUAUUUCUUGGCUUAUCCCAUAUCCGUCAGGACCGACCAGCCUCUCCGACAGAUACUGGUUCGACCCGAGGCCUCCGGGCGCCUCACCAAAUGGGCCGUCGAGUUAGGGGAGUACGACCUGUCGUAUGAGCCGCGCACCGCCAUAAAAGCUCAAGUCUUAGCCGACUUCUUGGCCGAGCUCACCUUCACGGAAGGUCCAGAGUCCACCUCUGCCUUUGCCGAGGUGUCCACCCCAUCCCGGUGGACAUUGUAUGUAGAUGGAUCUUCUAAUGGGGAUGGCAGCGGAGCUGGGCUACUCCUGGAAGGACCUCAGGGAGAAGUGUGCUCUUACGCCCUCCGCUUUGGCUUCCCAGCCACCAAUAAUGAAGCCGAGUACGAGGCCUUAAUUGCUGGACUCCAGCUGGCCCGCAGGCUCGGCGCACAGCAAAUCCACGUCCGCAGUGACUCCCAACUCGUUGUACGCCAAGUUCUUGGUAAAUACGAGGCCAAGGAUGAGACCAUGCAACGGUACCUCUCCAAAGUUCACAAACUCACCGCGUACUUCGAGUAUUUCGAAAUCCAAAGAAUACCCCGGUCCCAGAAUAAGCAAGCCGACGCCUUAUCCCGGCUGGCUUCUACGUCAUUCUCCGACCUCAACAAAACUGUCUUGGUGGAAGUCCUGAGUGAACCAGGAUACGUGGAAGAGGUGGCAUGCCCCGUGCACUCUGAAGAAACCUGGAUGACCCCGUUCAUCCUUUUCUUGGAUCAAGGAGCCCUCCCCGAAGACCGAGCCGAGGCGAGAAAAAUACAACGCAAGGUGGCUCGGUACGCUCUCCGCGAUGGAGAGCUGUACAAACGUUCCUACCUCGGCCCCUGGCUGAGGUGUGUCACUCCCGAGACAGGACGCCACGUCCUCCACGAGAUCCACGAGGGCUUGUGUGGAGCUCACGUCGGCCACAGAAUGCUAGCCAAGAAGGCUCUGCUUCUUGGAUAUUUCUGGCCCUCAGUUCGGCAAGACGCCCAGGACCUCGUUCUCGGCUGCCCUUCCUGCCAAGUCCACGCACCCGAGUAUCACCAGCCCGCAAACUUCAUGGUUCCCAUCACUUCACCUUGGCCGUUUGAGCAAUGGGGGACAGACAUCAUAGGUCCCUUCCCCAGGACCGUCGGCGGUUAUACCUUCCUGGUAACCGCGGUGGAUUAUUUCACCAAGUGGGUUGAGGCCGAGCCUCUAAGGACCAUCACUGGGCUGGCAAUUCAAAAAUUCUUUUGGAAAUGCGUCGUCUGCCGCUUCGGCAUUCCUCAGGUCAUUAUCUCGGACAAUGGAAGACAAUUUGCCGAGAACCCCUUUAAAGCUUGGUGCACAAACCUUGGCAUCAAACAACAUUUCACUUCGGUAGGCCACCCCCAGGCCAACGGUCAAGCAGAAAACUUCAACCGAACUCUCUUGCAUGGCCUCAAGACCCGACUACACCGAGUUGGGACAUCUUGGGUCGAAAAACUCCCCAGUGUCCUGUGGUCUUAUCGGACCACGCCGAGGUCAGCCACGCAAGAGACCCCAUUCUCUUUGACCUACGGAGCCGAGGCUGUCAUCCCUGCUGAGAUCCUUACCCCCAGCCCUCGGCUAGCAGCCUAUGCAGCCGAGGUGAACGACGAAGAAAGGCAGCUGGAUCUCGACCUCGUCGAUGAACGAAAGGACCUCGCCUCAGCCCGGAUAGCUUCCUACAAGAACACACUGGCACACUAUUACAAUGCCCGCGUCAGACACCGUAGAUUCCAGCCUGGAGACUUGGUUCUGAGGAAAAACUCAGUCAGCCGAGCUGAACCGCAAGGGAAACUAUGCCCGAAAUGGGAAGGCCCUUACCGAGUUGUGGGAUCUGAUCUUAAGGGAUAUUGUAAACUGAGCUACCGAGAUGGCUCACUAGUGCCGAGGUCUUGGCACGCCGAGAACCUCAAAAUGUAUUAUGCUUGA